AUGCUCCACUGCGUGCAAUGGGCGAUCUGCCUGGCUUUCCUGGUGGCAUUCGCCUCCUGUAACGCUCCACACGUCCCGCUAGACGACAUCUUCAUUGAGAAAAAGUUCGUGCCAGAGCAGUGCGUGCGCGCAGUCAAAGUGGGGGAUUAUGUCAGAUAUCACUACAAUGGCAUGUUCCCCGAUAGCACCAAGUUUGACUCCAGCUAUGAUCGAGGCAGCACCUACAACGUGUUUGUUGGAAAGAAGCAGCUGAUUGAAGGGAUGGAUAAAGCUCUGGUGGGGAUGUGUGUGAACGAGAGAAGACUGGUGAAGAUCCCUCCUCACCUGGCCUAUGGCAAGCAGGGAUAUGGUGACAUUAUCCCACCUGACUCCAUUCUUCAUUUUGAUGUCCUGCUGUUGGAUGUGUGGAACCCUGAAGACGGAGUUCAAAUCAAGACUUACCACACACCGUCCACUUGCACCCGAAAAGUGGAGGUGUCUGACUUUGUGCGCUACCACUACAAUGGAACGCUUUUGGACGGGACUCUAUUUGAUUCCAGUCAUACUCGGAUGCGCACAUAUGACACCUAUGUGGGGAUUGGCUGGCUGAUAGCAGGCAUGGACCAGGGACUUUUGGGAAUGUGUGUUGGGGAAAAACGAUUCAUUACAAUGCCACCCUCCCUUGGCUAUGGAGAGAACGGAGAUGGCAGUGACAUCCCAGGACAGGCCUCUCUUGUAUUUGAUGUGGUUUUGCUUGACCUUCACAACCCCAGAGAUGGGAUCGCAGUGACCAAUCAACAGGUGCCGGAAUCCUGUACUAGAAAGACCGUUGCUGGUGACUUUGUACGUUACCACUACAACGGCAGCCUUCUCGAUGGAACAUUCUUUGACUCAAGCUACUCACGUAAUCGCACCUAUGACACAUAUGUGGGCCGUGGUUAUGUGAUUGCUGGUAUGGAUGAGGGUCUCAUUGGUGUCUGUGUGGGAGAAAAGCGGACCAUCACAAUCCCCCCACAUCUGGCCUAUGGAGAGGAAGGCACUGGUUCUAAGAUCCCUGGGUCUGCAGUGCUGGUUUUCGACAUUCACAUCAUUGACUUCCACAACCCCUCAGACAACACCGAUGUCUCUGUCACAUAUAAGCCGGAGGAGUGUGGUGGACAAACCAAGAAAGGGGAUUUUGUUAAGUACCACUACAAUGCCACUUUAUUGGACGGUUCCUCCAUUGACUCCACGUAUAACUAUGGAAAAACCUACAAUGUUGUCCUUGGAGCUAAUCAGGUUGUCCCAGGGAUGGAGGAGGGGCUGUUAGGAAUGUGCACGGGAGAAAAGAGACAUCUUGUUAUUCCUCCUCAUCUGGGAUACGGCGAGCGAGGCGUCACGGAUGAGGUUCCCGGCAGUGCGGUGCUGGUGUUUGACGUGGAGCUGGUUGAUUUCGAGGAGGGUCUUCCGGAGGGAUACAUGUUCAUCUGGAACGAUGACGUGUCCCCAGAUCUAUUCUCCGAGAUGGACAAGGAUAAAAAUGAACAAGUGGAAUCUUCUGAGUUUACGGAUUACAUCAUGCGUCAGGUGACCGAGGGAAAAGGACGUCUGGCUCCAGGUUUUGACGCGUACCGUAUCAUCGACAACAUGUUCAACAACCAGGACCGCAACUCGGACGGAAAGAUCACAGAGGACGAGUUCAGACUGAAAGCAGACGAGGCCCCACAUGACGAGCUAUGA